AUGGAGAGGGCGCAUACCAGUGUGACGAGGACUCCUCUCACAAGCGUUGUAGUUCAGCGGAGGAGCAAAAGCAGGAGUUAUCGGCUUUCCUACCGCAGCUGCCUAGGUGCUGCUUCGAGGCUCGGCCUAACUCCCGCGUUGACCGCUCGGAGGCUCAACACCAGCAGAAAGGCUCCGAGGUCACACAAUAUAAAGGAGAAAGUGACUCCGGAGCACCUGGCUUUGCUGGUGAAAACAGAGUGGCAGCUUUUCUACGUUACUCCUCUAUACCAGUUCAGACACACACAGCUAAAGAGCUACGCCAGACAGCUGUCUGCGUUUAUUGCAGCAGAGAGGCAGCAAGGUCUGGCAGUGGAGGUGGGGGGACCACAGAACAGCUUCAAAGUCUCCUUGUCUGUGGUCCAGGGGAUGACGGAGGCAGACGCUGAUGCAGAGACUGUUCUGAUUCAGAUCCAUUCAAAGCCGUUGUUUGCAAGCCAGGAUGAGCCAAAGAAGUCAGUCUGGAGCGGCUUGCUAACCUGCAUAAAUGGAAACCCAGAAUACCUGCAGUCACUUCCCAAAGACUUCACCUGUCUGCCGCUCUUUGGCAGCAGAGGGGUCGAAAAUCUGUCCUCGUUGGUCAAAUCCUGGUUUCAGAGGACAUUCGACUGCUCCUUUGCCCCUCUGGAAAUCAGCCAUACCAGUUUACAGUGGUUUGCAGCUUUAUGGACUAAUUGUCACACAGAGUCCGACAUCCAGCAUCUGAAAAUGCUUUGGACUCUCCCAGUUGUGCCACCGCUUCAAGUAACCUACACCGUUAACCCCCACGAUGCCUGGGAGCUGUGGAGCAGCGUGAGAAACCCCUCACAGAAGAAGGGGGACGGAGCAGAGGAGGCAGACUGUAUUGACUUUGAGGAGGUGAUGAGGUUCAUGCAGGGGCUCAAAAGUCACUUUUACAGACACUUUAGGCUGGACUUGUCAGCAGGGGCCCUGGAUCAGGUGUCCACAGCCCUGGGAUCCGCAAAGUCAAGUGGCAAAAUUAAGAUGUCCAGUAGCAGAUACGUGACCGCCAUCCUGACCCUGCUGACCGAAUGUGCCCUUCUCAAAAUGCCCAUAUGA